UGUAGCAAGUCUAAACAUCAACAAAAAGUGGUUGUGAUUUCAGAUUUCUGAUUUUAAUUUUAAAUUGUGGUUUGGCAUUGUUCUUUGCAAUUUAUUCUUAUGAUUAAUUUGCAGUUCUUGAGAACCUUGAUUUAGCCUUGAGUUUUGUCUUCCAGUUUGUCACUACUGUGUUGUAUUUGGGUGGACCCAUAGCGCUUAUUGCACGUUCUGAUGGACUCGUUUUCACACUGACUUCCAUUCGAAUUGUGAUCAAAAGUUGACAAACAAAAAUAAAAUGGCCAAAUCUGUUAGUCCUGCUUCGGCCGUGUCUUUGUCAGAAAAAGAUGCCAAGACACUUUCUAUCAAUUGGACGGAUUCUGCUUGGGUUCCCCAUCUCUCGGCCGCUAAUGUCAUGGACUACUUUGCGCAAAUGUCUAACCCGUUCUACGAUCCUCUCUGCAACAACGAGCAGAUUCGGAUGCAGCGGUUGGGGCUAGAAAAUCUUAAGAAUAUGGUGGGAACCGAGUUCGUAUUGGCUUACUCUCAGGAGCCAAUUUUGUACAUCAUUAAAAAACAAGAAAGAAAGUCUCCCGUUGAAGUGCACCCCAUUGCCGUAUACUACAUUCUGGCCGGUACCGUUUAUCAAGCCCCCGACCUUUGGUCCGUUGUCAAUUCGCGAUUGCUCAACACCGCGCAUUAUCUUCACACAGCAGCCGCUGAAAUGAGCAACUUCGUGCGCUACCAUCCGUCCAGCGGUUAUUACUGGGAUAUCCGACAUCCGGGCAGUGAUUCCACGCGGCAUCCCGACAGAAUCUCUUUCGUGCCCAUUGAUCCCACUCGGAAGACUGCGGAAGAGUCGGGUACGGUGUUUCAGAGAAAGAAUGUGGACGGUUUGCUCGGUGCCUUGUCCCAGAAGUUUCCACCUAAACCCAUGCCGAAUACGCCGCAUCCCUAUGGCCCACGAUUACCACGGGAGCCGGUGCAGCCGGGUAAUCCCGCUGGCGCAGUGGAAGCUGUUCCCGCUAUUGAUCAGAAGACUGAUAAUUUAGCAAAAGAUUCAUCUGAUCAAGCGAAAUCUUUGAAAUAGUGAUAUCAUGCCGGGCUUGAUCUCUCAAAUAUAAUGUUUCCGUGAAGUGGCUGUUGUAAAUAAAUUAACGCUCUUUUCGGAUCCGCUAGCUGAUGCUGAUUGCCAGCUCACGUCAGUUUACUUUGGUUUUCUACUAUCUUAUACAGUAGAUAUGUUUGACUGGAAUUUCUGUUGAUUUUGAAUCGCAUCGUGCAGUGAUGUUUACUAAUUUGUAUGAAGCUGUUUGGAAGAAUUAAUGGUGAAAAAUAUGUUGAAAUGACAUAAUUUCAUUUUAUGAUUUGUCUGUAUUUUUACGAUUGUGUUUUGUCCAGAUCCUGGAUGUACAAAUGUCCGUCUGGACUCCAGACGAUCGAAUGAAUGGUCGUUUUUGGCC